AUGGCGUCCGCUACCGACUCCCGCUAUGGGCAGAAGGAAUCCUCGGAUCAGAACUUCGACUAUAUGUUCAAGAUCCUGAUCAUCGGCAACAGCAGCGUGGGGAAAACAUCCUUCCUCUUCCGGUACGCCGACGACUCCUUCACGCCCGCCUUCGUCAGCACCGUCGGCAUCGACUUCAAGGUCAAGACCAUCUACCGGAACGACAAACGCAUCAAGCUGCAAAUCUGGGACACCGCCGGCCAGGAGCGGUACCGCACCAUCACCACCGCCUACUACCGCGGCGCCAUGGGCUUCAUCCUGAUGUACGACAUCACCAACGAGGAGUCCUUCAACGCCGUGCAGGACUGGUCCACCCAGAUCAAGACCUACUCCUGGGACAACGCUCAGGUCCUGCUGGUGGGGAACAAGUGUGACAUGGAGGACGAGCGCGUCGUCUCCUCAGAGAAGGGCCGCCAGCUCGCCGAGCACCUGGGUGAGUGCGAGGGGGGGCGGGGAACACCACGACACCCCGGUGCAGCCAUCUUCCCACAAAAUCAUUUAAUUAGGGGCUUAAUUCCCUCGCUGUAA